AUGUCCACACCUUUCCCCAGUGAUGAAACUGCAACGCAGGCUCCCGAAAACGUCUCGCAACUCGUCAAAGACGCUGGAAAUCCCAGCCUUGUCGACCUCUCGGAUGCACUAGGUUUGCCCGAAGGUGGUUUUGACGCUUGGGGCACAGUGCUGGGCUCUUUCUUGAUUCAAUUCUGUGGCUUCGGAUAUGUCAGCGCUUACGGUGUCUUCCAGGACUUUUACACUCAAACAUACCUAACCAAUUCCACACCAUCUGCAAUCGCCUGGAUAGGAAGUGUUAAUGCGUUCUUGAUAUUAUCAGUUGGUAUCGUGUCAGGAAGGAUGGUCGACCAGGGCGCAUUUUACCCUGUGAUGAAAAUCGGCUGUCUCCUUCAAUGCUUCUUCCUCUUUAUGUUGUCUCUAACGAAACCAGAUGGGUAUUAUCAAAUAUUUCUUUCCCAAGGUAUCGGUCUCGGUAUUGCAAUAGGCCUCACAAAUGUCCCGUCCAUCGCCAUAGUGUCGCAUCACUUCCAGCGACGCAGAGCUGUUGCGAUGGGAAUUGUCGUGGCAGGGUCGUCACUGGGUGCAAUCUUGUACCCCGUCAUGCUCAACAAUCUCAUCAAUGGAAGACUUGGCUUUGCAAAUGGUGUCCGUGCAAGCGCAGCCUUGAAUGGCGGCCUACUUUUUAUCGCAAAUCUCUUGCUGCGAACAAGGCUUCCACCGCAACCAAAGGCCGUCAGCUACACCCGCGUUCUGCGAAACUCAUCGAGAGAUGGCGCUUACAUGUGUGCUUGUGUAGGGUGCGUAAGCUUUGCAAUACUCGAUUAUAUGAACACUAAAGUUCCUUUCACUGCCUUUUAUCUUCAGUUAGAUUCCACCCUGCAUGGUCUAAGUCAAGGAUUUUCAUUUUAUUCACUCACAAUUUUUAGUUCUGGUGGUUUCAUGGGAAGACUUACUGUAGGUUUUAUCUCUGCCUACGUGGGCAUCCCAAACACCAUCAUCGUCUCUUCAUUAAUAUCCUCCGCUGUACUAUUUGCAAUGGUUGGCCUGCACUCGGCCACCAGUGUAGCUGUUAUAGCUGCAAGCUAUGGGUUUUUUUCCGGAGGUGUUGUAGCGAUGAUGGGCCCGGCGAUAUCGAUUCUGACUCCUGAAAUAUCACAUAUUGGUGCACGGAUAGGGAUAGCGUUUGCAAUAGCUGGCAUUGGAUCACUCCUGGGUGCACCGAUUUGUGGAGCGUUCUUGACGUCUCAUUACAUUUGGUGGAAGGCUGUUAUCUUUGCUGGGGUGAGCGAACCAUGUCAAGCUGCACUGCUGGUUUUUGGCUAA